CACCACGGAAUUAGAUUAGAUGUUAUCUAAGUCCGUGCUAGAACUAACCAGUUAUCGUCUGCGUUCAGAGGGAGGUCUCAUUGUCCAGAAUAAAUUAGUACGCUCCCUAAUCAGGAAUGAGGCUCAGCCUCGCUCUACGUGGACAACAAAAAUGGCGGCUGCUGCUGAAGAGCUCUCCAACGAUGUCGGUUCGCUGACUGUCAACGAUAACCAGGAGCCUGUCACAUCAGACACAAAAGACAACUUUGCAGAGAGAUGGGGAUUCAAACUUCCCGAAGUGUACAAAUUAGCGUUGAAAUUCUACAAAGAGAAAGAUGGAAAAGCCAUUCACCUCACCUAUAAGGACAAGCUUAAGUUGGUGGCCUACACUAAACAGGUGUCACAGGGAAAGUGCCGCAAUGACAUUUCCCCAGAGGUGGGAUUCCUCGAUGUGGUUGGCAGUGAUCGAAGACAAGCGUGGCAGUCACUUGGGGACAUGUCACAAGACAAUGCCAUGGAAGACUUUGUUGAGCUGCUGGACAAACUCAGUACCCUGUUCAGACCUUACGUAGAUGCCCACAAGGCUGAACAUUUGGAGAAACUCCGGAAACAGAAAGAAGAAGAAGAGAGAAAGAAAAUAGAAGAGGCUGAAAUGGAACAGCAGAGGCUUGAAGAGGAAGCCAAACGUCAACUGGAGAUGGAGAGAAAAAAACAGCUUGAACAGGAAAUGCAGAUCCGAACAGCGUUGAACCAACAGACGGCUGUACAGUUCAGCCAGUAUGCCCAGCAACAGUACCCCACCAACAAACAGCAACAAGAGGAGCUGAUUCGCCAGCUGCAGGAGCAGCACUUUCAGCAGUACAUGCAACAGGUGUACCAACAGCAGUUGUUUCAUCAACAGCAACAGUACCAGCAGCUGCAAGGCAUGGCCCAGACAGGUCAACCACCAGCCAGACCCCCGCCCCCAAAACCACAGGUGACCCACACGGAGCUCACCCAUACUGCCAUGCCCCUCCUACAAAAUGGCGACAACAGUACUACUGCUGCAACUGCAGAGGUCACAGAAAACGGACCCAUGUCGACCCAUCAUCCCGUUCAUGUUCCUGGCAAUGAGGAUGCCCAUCCAGACCAAAUCCCGGCUCCCAUGCCUAACCUGGUACCUCCGUCAGUCUGGACCCGUAAGGGUAACCAAGGCUUCAAAGAUUCUGUUAAGGGUUGCAAAGAAAAUGUCAUAUACAUUGGCUCACUGGCUACCGCCACGGUGCGAGUACCAACACACAUAGAUGGGACAUGCCUGUUCUGGGAGUUCGCCACUGACUAUUAUGACAUCGGCUUCGGUGUGUAUUUUGAGUGGUCAGUCGCCCCCAACAACGCUGUUAGUGUUCACAUCAGCGAGUCGAGUGAUGAGGAAGAGCUCGAGGAUGAACCAGUUGAAGAAAAAGGGGGUGAUAUAGAGAAAGGAUCGAAGCGAGAUGACCGGCCGCCUACUGAUGAAAUAAUACCAGUGUAUAGACGGGACAGCCACGAAGAGGUCUACUGUGGAAGCCAUGCCUACCCUGGACAGGGGGUCUACUUACUCAAGUUUGAUAACUCCUAUUCUCUAUGGCGCUCAAAGACACUUUACUAUCGCGUGUACUACAGCAGAUAAUGUAUUACAGGGACGAAUCCAAGGUCGUGAUAAGGAGACAUCACUUGUGUGAAAGAGCAGAGCAUUUCUCUGCAUGUCUGUUCUGAGAAAGGUGAAACGCUAUUUUGUUUAUAAACUGUGAUUGUGAUGCCAUGUUGUCCGUAGACUGCUGUAUUCUCUGGGUAAAUUGUUACUUCUGUCACAACCUACUUCUUGCUAACAGUGGCCGAUCUAAGUUUUCACUUGAUGAAGUCAUGAACUCAAUUAUUUCCGUAUUGGAACAUAAGGUGUUAGCCUCGACUGGCAUGACAUCUUGUGACAUAAGGUGUUACGCUCGACUGGCAUGACAUCUUGUGACAUUAGGUGUUACGCUCGACUGGCAUGACAUCUUGUGAUAUAAGGUGUAGAGUAAUGAUAUCUAGCCCGUAGUUUCCUGGUGAAGAGCAAAGGAAUGGGGCAUAAACAGAACCCUGAUCCCAGAUAAAUUGGUUAAGAUAGCUUCGCUAACUAUUUAUUACACCUGUAAUACAUAUUUGGACCAUGGGGUGGGGAUCUGUACAAACAGUGCCAUUUUGGUGUAAAGGGAUACCAAGUUUGUUGACCUUGAAUAUGUUCAAGGUUAUGGACGAGAUGUGAUAAAACUUCAAACAACUUAACAGGUGAUCAGAUAUCGUUCAAAUACCUUCACCAAUGUUAGAGGUCGCAUGAGUAAAACAACUUAACAUCAUCCAACAACAAUCCCUGUAAUGAGGGUCCAUACCCAAUCUAGGUCAGAGUCUUAACUAUUUGUUGUUAAAUUUUCUCUAGAGACGUAAUUGUCUUAAACUUCCUGUCUGAACUGGGAAAUUAACUUAUUUUCUUUCAAUUGUAAUUGUAAGUGCAGAUCCUAAUGUUAAGUGGGCAAAAUCUCUCGUAAAUCACCAAAAAGGUAAAUUCCCCAAAACCUAGAUUGAACCCUGAGCGUUAUGAUGUUAGCUUGUAGUAUAAAUACACUUCAACUUAUUCACCCCUGAAAAUUUACAAUGGACUAUUCCAACCUUUGAAUUGGAGGAGUUCAAAUGUGUCUUCAGGGGUGAAUGCGUUAAAGGUCACAGAUCGGAGAUAUGUUUGCCACCACUUCUGAAUACAAGGUGAGUGAUACGGGCUGGUUUUCUUUCUGUUAUACAGAAAAGGAAGAGACAGAGAAUUUUCAUAUAAAGAAGGACAUGUGAGGAGUUCGAUUAAAAUCCAUGUAAACCACUGAUGACUUACUAUUGUAAAAAUAAUGAGGCGAUUCACUGUUGUAUCAAUUAGCCUUUAUUUAUAUAUGUGUACAUAUCUGAGGAACAAAUUUAUUUUCAUUUUGAGAAGAGAAGUAGGCAGUAUUCAACCCUUUCACCACUUGAGACCAUCAUGGACUAAUCCAGAUGAAUGUAUGGUAGAGUCUACUCAAGUUACGUAGGGGUGAAAGGGUUAACAUGAUCAUUCACAAAUUGCCAUGCAGAAUUAUAUAAUCCCUGAACAUAAAAUUGUAUUCUGGUAUCGUACUAAGACUAUUUAUUAUUGAAGGAAGUCCGGGUGCUCUGUGGUAUAAAGCUCUAGCUAAAACAAACUCCAAUUUAUUCUGCGUUUUUAACUUGGAAUUGCUUGUGCAUUUACUUUAGCAAAAAAUGUAUAAGUUUGUUUGGUCUUUGUUAAGAUUUGAAGAAAUCAUGAAAUUAUGCCAUGUGUUUAGUAAUAUCAACAGUACAACAGAACUUCAAAUAGAAAUUCUGUACUUCAAAUGUUCAUUUCCUUGACUUUAAACAGAAUAUUGUGGGGCCUGUUGUAAUUUUAUUGUCUAGAAAUCAGUUGAUGCCUUAGUUUUGAAAUGGCGAAAGGCAUGAGUAGUCCUUUAAAUUUUUUGUUAACGUGGUCCGAUUAGAAUUAGGAAGUCUGGUUCAUUUCAGAAGCAUAUAUUGCUUAUGAUAAACUUAUCACUUUUAUACAAAAAAAUAUAAAAAGCUCACUUGACCCUUUGAGCCAUGUGAGCUUUUUUAUGGCCCUUUGUCCAUUGCCCCUAGGCCUCUCAUCAGAGAUGUUGUCUACAACCCUUUUUUGUGAGAUUAGUUUGUCGAAUUGUACUCAUAUUUCAUUCUAAUUUAACAAUUUACUCACAAUUAAUCAAAGCAUAUUGAAAAUGCUGAAAUCAAAUGUUGAUCAGCAGUUGACCUGGACUUUAUCAACAGUUGACAUUUAUGUUGCCACAGUGUACCUUAUUUAUCAUUUCAUAUGUAAAGCAAUGUUUCAACAUCAUUCCCUAUUUAUAGAUGUGAUUAUACAUAAAUUCUCCACACAAGAGUUUAAAAUAAAUGUUGCUUCGCUUCCAAAAAAAUAUAUAGUUCAGAAUAGCUUGCUGCAAAGUAUCAAUCACAAUAUUGCAAAACUUUCAACUGUCAAUGACCACAUGAAAUCAUAUAAAAACAAUAUUGUAAAUACUCAUUUGUUGAACAGGCAGUGAUUUGGAAUUUCCAGUUACAUAAUGUAUUCCUGAUCAGCCCAAAAACCAGCUCUAAGAGAUUGAUUUCUCACAGAAACUUUGUUCAUGCCGUUCCAAGAAAUGCCCAGAGGGGAACAAGGUAGUGUACAGGGGAACAUCGUAAAAGAUCCUGUAGAUAAUAUAGUAAAUGUUAGCCUGCAGUUCCAUUAGAUUUCAAGUACAUUAAUUGUUAUGUAUACUCUGCAAGCCUCUCAGUAUGAUUUGCAUUGGGGAAAAUAUUAGGAAAUUGAUGAUUGUAAUAUGAAUUUCUUUUGAGUUAUUGAAUAACCAUUUCUUAAUCCAGCAUGCUUAUUAGAUGUAAGUUUUGAUAUACAGUAAAACCUUGGUAUACUGGCAUCAUUUAUCCAGAGAAACUUUGGUGUUAUAAUUGGGUUUGGCGAUCAAAGGGGGGGAAUGUAAAUAGAAAUUCUAAAGAAAACAAGAAAAAAUGGACAUUGAAAUAUGUUGGCAGUAAACGAGGAUUGAUUUGAUAUCCAGAUGAGCAUUGACAGGCCUUUUGGGCCUCUUGUAAAUUUGCAUCUGCUUUCCAGAUAUCACAACUGAAUAACUGCCAAAAUAUGACUCUGUUCAUAUGAUGAAGUUACUCAAUACUGUCACAUGCAAAGUAAAAAUUGAAAAGAAACCAAAACAUCAAUAUAAUUUUGAAACUAGAAGAGUUCAAAAUAAAACAAAGCAAAAUCAGGCUUCAAGUAGGCUUGGUACAAAAAAGGAGUCUUUCAUCCUGAAUCAAAAUCUUAGAUUGUGUUUUAUAUAAGCUGAUUACUUACCAAUCAAACACUCAUUUACCAUUCAAUUAGCACUGUAAGAGUCAGAUGACGCAAGGGGAUCCCAAAAAGAUUUUAAUAAGCUCGACUGAAAAGUACCAUUGAAUUCACUCGAUAAAAAUCAUUAAGCCAUAAUCAAACAGAAUGGGUGGUCACAAGAUGAGGAGCCGAGUCUCUUUUUAAUAAUUCUCUGUGAAGUUGCUAUAUAUAAUUUCCUGUGUCCAGUUAUUGUAAGCUUCAUGUUUUCAGGAGAACGCACCAAUGGGUUUGUUGGUGAUACAAGUUUACUGUUGUGAGUUGUUGCUGAUUGCCAGCACAGCUGGGAUUGACUCUAGAUACCAUCUAGGGUCAGCAGAGAGAUUGACUCUAGAUACCAUCUAGGGUCAGCAGAGAGACGUAAUCGUGUUGAAGUAAAAUCAAAUGUUUUAAUAUUUU